AUGGGCUUUGGUGAAGAUUGGAUGAAGUGGAUGGAAGCGGUGGUUUUCUCUAGCAAAAUGUCAGUUUUGGUGAAUGGUAGUCCUAUGAAGGAGUUUGUGGUUGAGAGAAAUUUGAGGCAAGGUGAUCCUAUCUCCCCUUUCCUCUUUCUGAUAGUGAUGGAAGGAUUAAGGGGGAUGGUAAAUAAAGACGUGGAGAAUGGAGAUUUUGAGGGUUUCAACAUUAAUGGUAAUUAUUUUGUCGAAAUUCUUCAAUUUGCGAAUGAUACUAUAUUGGUGGGAGAUGAGAGUUGGAAGCAUAUUUGGGCGAUAAAGGCGGUGUUGAGAGGUUUUAAUCUUGUUUUGGGAAUGAAGGUAAAUGAGUUCAUUUUUCUCGGUAUUCCUAUUGGGGGAAAUGCUAAAAGGAUCUCAAUGUGGAAGGGGCUUGUAUCUAAGCCUUUCCAUCUUUAUGCUUUCUUUUUAAUAAGCUCCGAUGAAGGUGGUGGUUGCGGGUAUAGGAGGUUGGAGCGGCAGAGAGUGGAGGUGGGAGAUUCCGGGGUGGCAGUUUGCUCGAAUGGUGAUACUGCUGCCAAAAUGCAGGAGCUGCAACUUUUGUUGCUGCCUGCCCGCCUUGAUUCUGUCUGCAGGGAUGUUGUAGAAUGGGCGCUUCAGCCGACAGUGGGUUAUCCGGCAUUCUCGGUCCGUAAUUUCUACGAUCUAGUGAAUAAAUUUCACAUUCCUUUUGGUCCUGCUAAUUUAUAUGAUGAGGCUUUGUGCUUGUUAUGGAAGAUGAAGAUGCCUAAUAAAAUAAAGGUUUUCGGGUGGAGGCGUUUUAUCAAUAGGUUGCCAUAUAGAGAUUCAUUGGUGGUUAGAGGAAUUCCUAUUUCUACUAGCGAUCUUUCUUGUGUUUUUUGUAGAGCUUUGUUCAAAUCUUUGGCGAAAUCCUUUUUGGAGUGA